CUCACCUUCGAGCAUCGACUGAUCAGUCAAAUAGUACAAUGCCAGCCUUCGAGAUCGCCCAAACAAUCCGCACCUUUGGCGGAAAGCUCCUCAAGCUCUCCCACAAGUCUGCCGAGCUCGGCGGCUUGGAGACCAAGCUCAACCUCUACCUUCCUCCUCAGGCCGAGAAGGGUAAGGUCCCCGUCCUCUUCUACCUCUCGGGCCUGACCUGCACUGGCGACAACUGCGCCGAAAAGGGUAACUUUAUCAACCCCGCCUCCAAAGAAGGUCUCGCCCUCGUCUUCCCCGACACCUCCCCCCGCGGCGCCGGCGCUCCCAACGAGGAGGACUCUUGGGAUUUUGGAACCGGUGCUGGAUUCUAUAUCGAUGCCACCUCUGAUGCGUACGCGAAGCACUACAGAAUGUACUCCUAUGUGACCAAAGAGUUGCCGGAGUUAUUGUUCAAGGAGUUCGGGAAGGAGUUGGAUGAGAGCAAGGUGGGGAUUACAGGACAUUCGAUGGGUGGACAUGGUGCGCUUACCUUGUUCUUGAGAAACCCGGGGAAGUACAAGUCUGUUUCCGCUUUCUCUCCCAUCGUGAACCCCAUCAACUGCCAAUGGGGUCAGAAAGCCUUCUCCGGCUACUUCGGCGCCGAAAACAAGUCUAAGUGGUCCGAGCAUGACGCAACCGAGCUCAUCUCUUCCCUCGGAGACAAGGCUGCGUCGUUGCCGGAAAUCUUGAUCGAUCAGGGUUUGGCUGAUAACUUCUACCCCGACCAGCUCUUGACGAAGAACUUUGAGAAGGCGGCGAAGGAAGCGGGUGUUAAGGCAAAUGUGAGAUACCAGGAUGGUUACGACCACUCCUACUUCUUCAUCUCUACCUUUGCGGAGGAGCACGUCAAGCACCACGCGAAGUAUUUGAAGGCUUAAGUAGCUAUAGGAAAUACCAUUUGGUUGUAG